AUGAAGGCCACACCCCUCAUCAUCAAUUGGCAUGAGCAAAACGCCCCCGUCUACUCGGCUCACUUCGAGCCUGGUGGCAAGGGUCGUCUGGCUACUGCUGGUGGUGAUAACCACGUUCGCAUCUGGAAACUCGACGCCAACGGUACCGAUCGCAAGGUCGAAUACCUUUCAACACUCUCCAAGCACAAUCAGGCCGUCAAUCGCCUGCACGCCCUCUUCUCCCUGCCAAACGGCGUUACUAACCGUGUCUCCCCCCUCACAGGCGAACUGCUUGCAUCUGCCGGCGACGAUGGAAACGUCAUUCUCUGGGUCCCCAGUGAGCUGAAUUCAUCAAACUUUGGGUCUGAUGGUCUCGAUGACAAAGAGUCCUGGCGUGCCAAGCACAUGUGUCGCUCAAGCGGUGCCGAAAUCUACGAUCUCGCCUGGUCUCCCGAUGGCGCCCAUUUCAUCAUCGGGAGCAUGGACAAUAUAGCUCGAAUCUACAGUGCCACAACAGGGAUACUCGUUCGACAAAUAGCAGAACACAGCCAUUACGUCCAAGGCGUCACAUGGGAUCCGUUGAACGAAUACAUUGCCACGCAGUCGUCCGACCGAUCAGUCCAUAUAUACUCUCUCAAAACAAAAGACGGACAAUACACCCUUAGCCACGAGGAUAAACCUCCCAAGCUCGCCAGCCACAUCAAGGCUGACCUGCCCCCGAGACGAAUUUCCUCCAGCAGCCCUGCCCCUCCCGACUUUGGUCAUCGAGCGCAGCUGUCCGUCGUCGACUCGAAUACUUCCAUAGGAUCACCAGUCCCGUCAGCACCAGGAACACCAACCUCGUUCCCUCUACCCAUGAAUCCGCCCAGCGUCGUUAGCCACAGUCGCCGAUCCUCCUUUUCGUCUCGUCGAUCCGCGUCCCCAGCGCCUUCGUUACCACUGCCCGCUGUAAUGCCCAUGGAAGCGUCCCCCAAGCCUCAUGCCUCCUCUUCUCUUUUCGGACUUGGCAUGAAGAAUGCAAGCCUUUACGCAAACGAGACUCUGACUUCCUUCUUCCGACGUCUCACCUUCACCCCCGAUGGUAGCUUGCUGCUCACACCAUCUGGCCAAUAUCAAAACCAGCACCAGACAGACAAGGAUGCAAAGCCCACAUACGAGGUCAUAAAUACUGUCUAUAUCUACACAAGAGGAGGCAUCAACAGACCGCCCGUCGCGCACCUCCCGGGCCACAAGAAGCCGUCCGUCGUCGUCAAAUGCUCUCCACUAUUCUAUACCCUCCGUACCGCCCUUCCAACCAAGAACAUCACCAUUGACACAUCCUCUGCCGAAGAGGACAUUCCAGCGCUGCCGGAGCCUCUUUCGCGACCAACGUCACCCGCACCAGUUAUGGAACCGCCGCCGCCACCUGCUGCUGUUCCCGAUGUUACGUCAACACCAGCUAAGCCAACUGGCGCCGCAACGAGUGCUGCCACGCCAGGUCCCAAGCCAGCCUUCUCGCUGCCGUAUAGAAUGGUGCUUGCUGUAGCCACCCAGGACUCUGUUCUGUUAUAUGAUACGCAGCAAAAGACACCAAUCUGUGUCGUCAGCAACCUGCAUUGCGCGACCUUUACUGAUCUUGCCUGGUCAAAUGAUGGACUUACAUUACUCGUCUCGUCAUCUGAUGGCUUUUGUUCAACACUAUCCUUUGCACCCGGAGAGUUGGGAGACAUAUAUCAGGGCGAAAUCGGCCCACCAGCUAAGAUACAUGCCAGUGCGACCAACCAUAAUACCCCCCUCGCUACGCCCACGACGGCUUUUGCUCCUCCGUCACCUUACCACAGCGGCUCGCAUCAUCAUAAUCGCAACUCGACUAGCUCGUUCACGGCGCCGUCGCCCCCAGCUUCAGUGAGUGCCGCCUCACAGAGGCCGCCCUCGCCGGCGAGAUCAAACUCGACAUCGUCUAUAGCAACUCAGUCCUCCUCGAUACCUAUCGGAGUGGUCAGUAACCCUACCCUCAUAGCAGGGACUGUGCCAACCGUCGCCGCCACCAAUUCAGGCAAAGUGACUGGCGUUCCCAUGACGACUCCACCACAAACUCCCAGCAAUGCAGUGACUGGCAGCAAGAGAGAUGCAACCGACAGCGAAAAGGAGGAUGUUAACGAGCCCAAGAAGAGAAGAAUUGCACCGACUCCAGUAAAGUCAAAGAACUAG